GCCUUCCUCGCCUGUCCAUCCCGGCGGCGUCCUCUUCCUGCUCCUCUGUAGUCGCCGGAAGCUGAGCGUGAGGACCCUGGUGUGUGGGUUGUGGCCGAGUCUGCGAUCUGGGUAAAGGGGUCCAAGGUUGAAAUGGGCAUGAAGAACCAUGAAAUUGUUCCCUGCAGUUUGAUUGCUUCUAUAGCCAGUCUGAAACAUGGUGGCUGUAAUAAAGUUUUGAGAGAAUUAGUGAAGCAUAAACUUAUAGCUUGGGAACGUACUAAAACUGUCCAGGGCUAUCGGUUGACAAAUGCUGGUUAUGAUUACCUAGCUUUGAAAACACUGUCUUCUAGACAGGUAGUUGAGUCUGUUGGAAACCAAAUGGGUGUUGGCAAAGAAUCAGAUAUUUACAUUGUUGCAAAUGAAGAAGGGCAGCAAUUUGCACUGAAGCUUCACAGACUAGGAAGAACCUCCUUUAGAAAUCUGAAAAACAAGCGUGAUUACCAUAAGCACAGGCAUACUGUUUCUUGGCUUUAUUUAUCUCGUCUCUCUGCCAUGAAGGAAUUUGCCUAUAUGAAGGCAUUGUAUGAGAGGAAAUUUCCAGUUCCUAAACCAAUUGAUUACAAUCGCCAUGCAGUGAUCAUGGAACUUAUUAAUGGCUAUCCCCUGUGUCAGAUACAUCAUGUUGAAGACCCUUCAUCAGUUUAUGAUGAAGCUAUGGACCUAAUAGUCAAACUGGGAAAUCAUGGGCUGAUUCAUGGAGAUUUCAAUGAAUUCAAUCUCAUAUUGGAUAAAGAUGACCACAUCACCAUGAUUGAUUUUCCACAGAUGGUUUCCACUUCCCAUCCAAAUGCUGAAUGGUAUUUUGACAGAGAUGUUAAAUGCAUUAGAGAGUUCUUCAUGAAACGUUUUGGCUAUGAAAGUGAGCUCUACCCAACCUUUAGUGACAUCAGGAGGGAGGAUUCUCUUGACGUUGAGGUCUCUGCCAGUGGUUACACAAAAGAAAUGCAAGCAGAUGAUGAACUGCUACAUCCAGUAGGUCCAGAUGAUACAACUGCUGAGACAGAAGAGGAAUCUGACUUCUCGUUCUCUGAUGAAGAAGUAUUAGAAAAACACAAAGUUUGUGUGUCAGAAAUGGAAAAUGAACUGAACCCAGUAGAUGAAUCAGGUGGCGACUGUUGCUUCUCAUCUGGAGACCUCAAGCAAAUAAAGGAAGACAGUUUAUCAGAGCAGAGUGCUAAUGUUUCCAGUUUUGAAGUGACUGAAUUAAAUCAAGCUUUAGAAGAAAUGAAAAGUCAGGUUCUUACCCACAGUUCUGUUACUGGGUUUUCUGAGGAGAGCAAUAGUACUGAAAAUGACACCAGACAUGACGGCCAGACAAGUGAGUGGAGAAGCCUUGCUGACUCUGAAGAGUGUGAGGACGAGUGCCCCGAUCUGAUUGCCUUGUCGCCAUUGAACAAGGAGUUCAGGCCUUUCAGAGAUGAAGAUAGCAUGAAGAGUGUUACUCAGCAUAGAACAAGAACCCUGAGUAUUACAUCUACAGGCAGUAUCCUAAGCUGUUCAACAAUUCCUCCUGUAAGUUUUACAGAUAUACCAGCUGUUUGUUCCAGUGCUGUAGGGAGAGUAGUGAACUUAGGCAUUGUGAAAGUUUCAGGUCAUUUAGAUACUUGGAUCUCAUAUGUUAAUGCUAUAAAAUUAACAGCACUCAGAAGUUUAGCAAGAGAGGCGAGGGUUUACUUUUACCUGGAAUAAGCAGUUUCCAAGGAUAAGGCGACAUAAGUAUUUUGGAUCCAGGUGGGAUUUUGUAUUUUUCCAUGUGAUUCAUUUGGUUUGUUUUUAAUGAUAAUUCAUUUACUUUUAUUUUGUUUGCAUUGCUGUUUUGCCAGAACAGAUGACUGUAUGAGCGUGUGAGAUCCUGGAGUUAAAGACAGUUUGUAGCUGCCAUAUGGGUGCUUGGAAUUGAACCCUGGUCCCUGGAGGAGCAAUCAGCGCUCUUAACUGCUGAGCCAUUUCUCCUUCCCUCCUUGAUUUUUUCUUAACAAAGAAAGUUAUAUGAUUUUUGCAGAAUGGUAAUGCCAUAGCGAUAUGACUGAAAUUUAAAGGAGUUCCAUCCUCACUUUUUUACAUUCUGGGAAGUAGGUAAUUUUAAAUGUAUCAAAGUUUUGUUGGCUCCUUUGACAUUUGGCAGACAAUUUACAAAAGGGACAUUUUCUUAACAGGACAAUGAGCAAAAUAUUCUAUCCCCAACUAAGGUUUCUGGCGUGUAAGCCACCCUUUGUUCUGACUUACCCAGAAAGAGGAAUCAGUCUGGAGGUUAUUACACCUCACAAAGCAAACCUCUUUUAGUGGCCUGUGGAGGAAUUGUUCUCCCUCUCCGUGGUCAGGAUUAUGGAUUUCAUUCAUUCAUUCCUGACAUUUGGAAAGAGCAGGAUUUACAAGUCAUUACUCCUGUAGGGACUCAAGCAAAACUAUGUUGAGUUUGCUUACUUUCCCAAUUCUCCGGCCAGCUACUGUGCAUUUACAACCCACCCCCUUAUUUCGGGAUUAGGCAAUGUUUUUGAUGAGUGCUGUUUAAUUGCACUUUCUAAAAAUGAUUUUCUGUCUAACAUUAAGAAAGUGAAAUAAUAGUAAUAUAUCUAAUUUUUCAUAUAUUAAAGUCAUAAUUGUGUUGGAUUCUUCUAUUUAUGUAAAUUGUGUGAUAUUAAAGAUAGUGUUUUAGAAAUAAUUUACUCAGUGAACAAUGAAGGAAACCAUUUAGAAGGGAAGAAAUGAGAUGAAAUGACUACAUAGAAAUGAAUUCAAAAGAUAAAUAACUUCAUUUUUCUAAAGUUAUUAAAAUUCAGAUAUGUCGUUAAUGAGUUAGAAUGUUUUAUUUUGGAUAGAAUGAAAUAUUAUAGUAUUAGAUGAGAGCUAUCAGGAAUAAAGUAAAAAUUCAAGCUGGGAAGAGGCUUCCAUGAGUUUGUAUCCCCAGUGUCCACUUAAAAUGCUAGGCAUAGCGGCUGUGUCUAUAAUCCUGGCCAGCUAGUCAAGUUGGUGAGCUCCAGGUUCAGUGAGGUGGCCUAUCUCAGAAAAUAAGGUGGGGAGUGAUGGAGUAAGAUAGCAUACGUGAGCGUGUCACAAGCAUACCUGUGCACGUGUACACACAACAAGGGUGUGUGUGUGUGUAUACUGUACAUGUAUGCACACACAAAAGAAUAAAAGUAAAACUAGUUAACUAGUUUAUAUUAUAGUUCGGGGGCCUUUCAGAAACCUUUAGAAUUUGCUAUACCAAUGAAGGUAAAAUUCUUGAAAUGUAAUUGCCUUCUGUGUGGCUCAGAUACAAUUGUCUGUGCAUAUUUAAGACGUUAUUAAGCUGCUCUGGUCCUUUUCUCUUUCCCAGGCUCUUGUAGCUGAUGGUUUUAGAGUCUUCAAGUCUUUUUGUCGUGAGUGCUGUGAAUUGUAAUAUAUGAGCCUGUGUUCUAAGGAGGGGUAAGACCCUCAGCCUAACUCCAUGAACAAAGAUUUCUGUGCAAACCAGGCUGACCUCAGACUCUGUGGUUUUUGGGUUUUUUCUUUAAUUGAAAAUAAUUUUUUAUAUAAUAUAUGCUGCUCACAGUUUCCCCUCACCCCAUACCCUUUCUUUCUCUCUUGAUUGUCGUGCCUCUGCCUCUCAACUGCUAGGAUUACAGGCUGUACACCUAACUUCUUUUGAAAUUUUUCUCAUGCUGUUUUCCUUCUGUUUUGUUACAAUGACAAGAGGAAAACUCUUUGUCGCCUCAGUGAACCUGGUGAUGAUUUGGGGAUUUGUGCAAAGACAAAAGGGCUUAAAAUCCUUGAAAUUAUAAACAUAAAAUCUGUUUCCUCUUUGAUCAUUCUGUUUAUUGGACUUUUACAUUGCUGGGGGUCAAAUCUAGGUUCUUUUGAAAACUAGACAUAAACUCUUAACACAGCCACUAGUCAUUUGUAAAUUCUGUCCUUGAGUGUAACAGAAUUAAGUGAUUAAGAUAUAUUGCCUUUUAAUAAAUACACAUGUUGCUAUAUCUUAAUAGAAAAAUGUUUUUACUUUUAACAACAAAAGAGGUGUUUUUAUACAUUUUUAUGUAAUUGCAAAAAUAACUAUAUAUUCUGUUCAUUUGUUUGUUUUGAGGCAGGAUUUCUCUGUGUAGCCCUAGCUGUCCUGGAACACCCACCUGCCCCCCCUUCCAAGUGCUGGGAUUAAAGGUGUGCACCACCAUUGCCUUGCUAACACGUAGUAUUAGCAUGUUGUAUCCAGGUGUUUCUUUACACACACACACACACACAAUUACCUUGUAGAAUUUGUACAUUGUUCUGAAUUGGGGCUGUUGAGAAAGAAAAGAUCAUUGUGAACUGAAUUUUCAAUUUUUCUUUAAGUCUUCAGUCAU